AUGUCAUCUUAUAUGGCAGGUGUUUUUGAUUUAGAUUUAGAUGUGGAUACAGUUACAGUCGUUGAUUCUGAUGAAGACGAUAUUAUAGAUGUUGAUGAGGUUGACUAUGAUCCUGAACUACAUGUUAACAAUAUAGUUGAGGCUGAAGGGUCGGAAACAAUCCAACUAUCUGAAGAUAAUGUAAACCCUGGACUGUGCAAACGUCUUGGUCCUCAAGACUUUGAGUUGCGCAAAGUUUUAGGCAAAGGUGGAUAUGGAAAAGUAUUUCAAGUACGUAAAAUUACUGGGACUGAUGCUGGUGCCCAUUUUGCUAUGAAAGUUCUUAAAAAAGCUUCUAUAGUACGUAACCAAAAAGAUACUGCUCACACUAAAGCUGAGAGAAAUAUAUUAGAAGCAGUAAAGCAUCCCUUUAUAGUUGAAUUAGUUUAUGCUUUUCAAACUGGUGGUAAAUUAUAUUUAAUUCUAGAAUAUUUAAGUGGCGGAGAGUUAUUUAUGCAUCUUGAAAGAGAAGGUAUAUUUUUAGAAGACACUGCUUGCUUCUAUUUGUCUGAGAUAAUUCUAGCCUUGGAACAUUUACAUAGUUUAGGCAUAAUUUAUCGUGAUUUAAAACCAGAGAAUGUUCUCUUAGAUGCGCAAGGCCAUGUAAAACUUACAGAUUUUGGAUUGUGUAAGGAACAUAUUCAAGAAGGCAUUGUUACACAUACAUUUUGUGGAACCAUUGAAUAUAUGGCUCCUGAGAUAUUGACAAGGAGUGGUCAUGGAAAAGCUGUUGAUUGGUGGAGUCUAGGUGCUUUAAUGUACGAUAUGUUAAUUGGACAACCACCAUUCACUGGAGAUAAUCGUACAAAGACAAUAGAAAAAAUCCUUAAAGGUAAACUUAUAUUGCCCGCCUACCUCACACAAGACGCUCGCGAAUUGAUUCGACGUCUUAUGAAACGUUCCGAAACUCAGCGCUUAGGAGCUGCCGGGGCUGCCGCGGUGCGUGGACAUGCUUUCUUCAAACAUGUUCACUGGGACGAUGUAUUCGCUCGUAGAUUAGAGCCUCCUAUCAAGCCUAAAUUGACAAGUGAAGAUGAUGUAUCUCAAUUUGACACAAGAUUUACUCUACAGACUCCUAUUGAUUCACCAGAUGAAUCAACACUCAGUGAAAGCGCUAACCUAAUGUUUCAGGGAUUCACAUAUGUUGCACCAUCAGUUAUGGAUGAGAUCCACAAGCCUCGCGUAAUCAAUGCUCGCUCGCCGCGGCGUCCUAGACCUCACCACCAUACUGCCUUCACUAUUCCACCGGCUUCCCACUCACACGCUCAACCUGAAGAUCUUAUGGAUGUACAAGGUUUACCUAUAUAG